CAAAGAUGUGGCUGUGGACUUCACCCAAGAAGAGUGGUGCCUAUUGGACCAUUCUCAGAAGGAAUUGUAUCUGGAGGUCAUGCUGGAUAAUGUGCAGAAUCUACUCUCUGUCUUCCAGUUCCUAGAGAAUAUUGUACCUCCUCUUUUCAACAAGGGAAAGCACCAUGGCUACUUGAGCAAGAAGUCCCCAGGAGCUUCUGUCCAGAGGCAGAGACUAAUUUUGAAAUGAAGGAGAUUUCUACAAAACUGAGGAUUUUUGUGGAAGGAUCUGACCCCAAAAGAUGCAUGAAUGAGGGUUCCCAUGACUUCAUUUUGAGAGAAAUCUGUGACUCUGGUAUCAAUAUCAAAGAGAAAGAAUGUGAAUUUGAUAACCCUUCAGAGAAAUUCAGCCAAUAUUCAGUCCUAAAUCAGCGUGUGAAAUUGAGCUCUGGAAAUAUCAGUUAUGAGGAUAGUCAAUACAGCAAAUGCUUUCCUGAAGAAGUAGGACUUUUCCAGUGGAAUGAGAAACCUUCUGAAAAGUCCCUGUAUCAAGGUAACCUAGGAGAAAUAGCCUUUGCCAGCAGUUUAGACUUCAGUAGACAUCCAAAAAGUAAAUGUGUAGAAAUGGUUUCUGAGAAGGAUGAAGGAGGGAAACCUUUCAGUCAAAACUCUGAUCUUGCUGCACAUCAAAUAAUCCAUUCGGGAGAGAAACUUUAUGAAUGUAAACAAUGUGGAAAGACUUUCAAACGAAGGGACUCUCUUGUGGUACAUCAUAGAAUCCACUCUGGAGAGAAACCUUAUGAAUGUAAACACUGUGGAAAGGCUUUCACACAGUGCGGAACUCUUGCUGCACAUCAGAGAAUCCACACUGGAGAGAAACCUUAUAAAUGUAAACAGUGUGGAAAGGCUUUCUCAGAGAGGGGAUCUCUCACUAGACAUCAGAAAACCCACACUGGAGAGAAACCUUAUGAGUGUAAACACUGUGGAAAGGUCUUCAAAGGGAGGGGACUUCUCACUAGACAUCAGCUAAUCCACAGUGGAGAGAAACCUUAUAAAUGUAAACAGUGUGUAAAGGCUUUCUCAGAGAGGGGAUCUCUCACUAGACAUCAGAAAAUCCACACUGGAGAGAAACCAUAUGAGUGUAAACACUGUGGAAAGGCCUUCAAAGGGAGGGGAUUUCUCACUAGACAUCAGCUAAUCCACAGUGGAGAGAAACCUUAUGAAUGUAAACAGUGUGGAAAGGCUUUCACACAGAGGAGUCAUCUCAGUAGACAUCAGAGUAUCCACAUUGGAGAGAAACCUUAUGAGUGUAAGCAGUGUGGAAAGGAUUUGAAAUAUUCCUGCUUUCUUGCUGUUCAUCACCUAAUCCACACUGGAGAGAAACCUUAUAGAUGUAAACAGUGCGGAAAGGCUUUCAAUUGGAAAAUUUCUCUUGAAGCACAUCAGCGAAACCACACUGGAGAGAAACCAUAUGAAUGUAAACAGUGUGGAAAGGCUUUCAAUUGGAAAGUCUCUUUUGCAGCACAUCAGAGAAUCCACACUGGAGAGAAACCUUAUGAAUGUAAACACUGUGGAAAGGCUUUCACGCUGCGGGGCAGUCUUGUUGCACAUCAGAGAAUCCACACUGGAGAGAAACCUUAUGCAUGUAAACACUGUGGAAAGGCUUUCAGACAUAAGGACAAUCUUAAUACACAUCAGAGAAUCCACACUGGAGAGAAACCUUAUGAAUGUAAGCAGUGUGGAAAGGCCUUCACACAGAGUGGCAAUCUUGCUACACAUCAGAGAAUCCACACUACAGAGAAACUUUAUGAAUGUAAACAGUGUGGAAAGGCUUUCAGACGGAAGGACAGUUUUGCUGCACAUCAUAAAAGCCACACUGAAGAGAAUCCUUAUGAAUGUAAACAGUGCGGAAAGGCUUUCAUAAAGAGAAGCUCUCUGACUAAACAUCAGAGAAUCCACACUGAUUGGAAACCUUAUGAAUGUAAAUACUGUGGAAAGGCUUUCAGAGAGAAGCAGGAACUUGCUGCACAUCAGAGAAUCCACACUGGAGAGAAACCUUAUGAAUGUAAACAGUGUGGAAAGGCUUUCACACAGAGGGGAAAUCUUGCUGCACAUCAGAGAAUCCACACUACAGAGAAACCUUAUGAAUGUAAACAGUGUGGAAAGGCUUUCAGACAGAAGGACAAUCUUGCUACACAUCAUAAACUCCACACUGGAGAGAAAUCUUAUGAAUGUAAACAGUGUGGAAAGGCUUUCACAAAGAGGAGUUAUCUCAGUAAACAUCAGAAAAUCCACACUGCAGAGAAACCACAUGAAUGUAAACACUGUGGAAAGGCUUUCAAACAGAAGCACUAUCUUGCUGCACAUCAGAGAAUCCACACUGGAGAGAAACCUUAUGAAUGUAAACAGUGUGGAAAGGCUUUCUCUGAGAGGGGAUCUCUCACUAAACAUCAGAAAAUCCACACUGGAGAGAAACGUUAUGAAUGUAAACAGUGUGGAAAGGAUUUUUUAUGCAGAAGCACUCUUGCUGCACAUCAGAGAACGCACACUGGAGAGAAACCGUAUGAAUGUAAAUACUGUGGAAAGACUUUUACAUAUAGCAACUCUCUUAUAGCACAUCAUAGAAUCCACACUGGAGUGAAACUUCAUGAAUGCAAACAGUGUGGAAAGGCUUUUUUACGCAGAUACACUCUUACUUCACAUCAGCUAAUCCACACUGGAGAGAAACCGUAUGAAUGUAAACAGUGUGGUAAGGCUUUCACACAGCAGGGCAAUCUUGCUGCACAUCAGAGAAUCCACACUAGAUAGAAAAACCAUAUGAAUGUAAACAGUGUGGAAAGGCUUUCACAGAGAGAAGAUCUCUCGUUUAACCUCAUAAAAUUCACACUGGAGAGAAACCUUAUGGUAUCGGAGAAAGUCAUGCACUAUUCUGUCAUACAUUCAUCAGUACUCAUCACAUAAGAUUGGAAACUUCCUGUAAAAUUAGUGAAAGUUGGGUAUUCUUCUGAAGCGAAUACUAAUCUCCUCAUGAAGUGUAGAGAAAUCCCUCCCCCCAACAACUUUUUAUAGAUACAUCAAUAUCCUACUUUUAUUCAUUUUUUCUAAUAUGGCCAAAACCCCUCACUUUUUCCCCUUAUAAUUUUUUUUAAUUUAUGGAUUAAGAGGUUAGAUUGCCAUUCCCAUGGGAAAGUCUUGAAAUGUGCAACUACAAUCUUAACUCUUUGUUCUAAAUGUUUCAGUUAGAAAGACCUUGGCCAUGUCUAAAUUCUUGGCUCAAGUUAAAAAUUGUAAACUUCUCAAAUACUCCCAUGACUUCAACACGCUGGGAAACUUAAGGAAGGUAGGACAAGAUAAAAGAAAAUAUAAUAUACACAUUGUAUUAUACACAGGUAGUGGGUGACUAGAAGUGGUAUGUUGUGUUAAUUUAUGCAAUAUUUUGAGUUCAUUUGUUUAUCCAUGUGCAUUCCUGUUGAGUCAUCCUCUCAGAGCAUUUCCCCUGUCCUCCCUCUAUCCCUAAUAAAGAAUGUAUAUUUUGCUGCAUGCAUCUUA